AUGUCAACACCAUACUUCUGGGCGCAGCCUUUCCGUUACAUGCGCUAUGCGGCACACCAACACCCAGCGCUAUUCUGGUCCGUCAUGAUCGGGGUUCAAGGACCGCUCAUAUUUUUUGGUGGGGUUGUGGCUAGGAAAAGGCUUGGCUGGGAUAGGCCCCCUAUUCCACUCAGUUAUCCAGUACCGAACCGACCGCGGAGGAUUCCUGCUGGAUAUGACGAUUAG